AUGGCAGCAAAUUCAUCAUCUCAUCGACAAACCGGUCCUCGACCGAAUGUCGAGAACAAUGUUCAAAUAGAAGGGAUUCUAGAGGAUGCCUCGGAUGAUAACGAGGUUCAAUCCAACCGGGCAAACGAUCCUCCAGAAAUAUUACCAGCAAACCCUGCUCAAUCAAUUUUACCACCAGGGGAAACUCCAAUAUCCUGGUAUGUCAGGUCUCAAGGGGCACUAAACGCAGUAUACACACAGCUGUGUGCUCAGACUGCUCCCUUAACUCAGUCACGAAGACCAGGAUCUCGGGCAAACGCGUCCCAACGGGAAAAUUCAAUUUACGGGGGUACAAAAGUUUAUGCUAGAUCCACAUCACAACAUGAGUACACUCAAACAGAAAGUCAUGGUAGAUCACAUCCUCACCGAAGACAAUCGGUCCAUGACAGGUUAGGUUCCCAACGGGACACCCACACUGACGAGUCUGAUCCAACAUAUCGUUUAAGUGCAAAUACCAGUGUGUUCAAUCGAUUGCAACCAAAUUAUAAUAAAUGCAGGCCUCGAGCAGUUUUUAACCCUGAGGCAGAACACAACUAUGAUUUGAUUUACCGCCCUGCGGAAGCAGCGGAAAAUUCAAAGUUCAUCAUGGAAAUAGCUUUGGCUCCACUGGAGAAAGCUAAAUUACCAUCCAACGUCAGUAAAUUUAAUGGGCUAACAGACCCCGAUGACCACCUAAGAGUAUUUACCAGUGCAGGUCUGGUUGGAGGGUGGACCCUUCCACUAUGGUGUCAUCUGUUCGUUCAGACCCUGACCGGACCAGCGCGAAUUUGGUUUGAUAACCUACCAAUCGGACAGAUCGAAUCAUGGAAGGAUCUGCGUGAAAAGUUUUUGACACACUUUAGCCAGCAACGGCGUUCCACUCGUGAUACAUCUGACGUCAUGAACAUUUGGCGUCGCGAUGACGAGAGUUUGGAGGAUUUCAUCACCAGAUACAAUAAAGAGGUGUUAGAGAUUGGCGGAGUUCAUGAGCAACUAAUCCGCACACAAUUCAAGUAUGCGGUUAGAUGUGACGACAUGAUUAAGGUCUUAUCCGGAACAGAAGGCCUUCCAAAAAACUGGGAGAAGAUAAUGGCGGCAGCCAAGGUUUACGCGCAAACAGAGAAGAAUCUUACUACAAAUAGGCCACCACCACCAUACAAUAGGCCUGCGGACUUAAGUUCAACCGGCGAAAGAAGGUCAAAAAAAUCAUGGCGUGAGUCUGGAAGUCGUUCGUAUGAAGAUGCCCGCACAACAAUCAACAAACUCACCGCGCAGAGGGAGAACAAACAUGAAAAUAGGGAGAGACAAUGGACUCCCCUAACAAAAACCCCGGCGGAGGUCUUAAGUACCGAAGACUAUCAAUUCAAACCCCCAAUCCCAAUGAAAAGCAAGUGUGGACAAGACCCGGCACAAUACUGCGAAUAUCACAAAGAUAACGGGCAUACCACAAACAACUGCAUCUCUCUACGCACAGAAAUAGAGAAAGCCCUCAAGAGCGGCGAACUCACACAUUUACUCCAAAAUGUGCGCAAAGAGAUUAAGCAGAUAACCCGGGGUGAAGAAGGCCCAAGCAAACGGGCGAAAACCUAA